CUGUAUAAAAAGGAUUUUCACAUUACUUCUGUUUAUUUGUCAGUACAGAACGAAAAUGUGGACGAUUAUCAAGUGUGUUCUAUUACUAAGUGUUGCUGUGGCAGCCCAUGGCUACGUGUUAGGACCAAGAGACGUUGUGUUCCAUCUAUUCACAAGAUCAAAUCCCCAAGUCAGUGAGCCAUUGUUACCAUCGGAGGGCUCCAUUGCGACAUCGUCUUUCCAACGUACACGUCGGACAAUUUUCACAAUUCAUAAUUAUGGAGAGGGAGUUGGUGGAAAUUUUAAUGCUUUUGUUAUUCGCGCUCACUUAUUGGCCGAGGACGUGAAUGUAAUAGCGAUUGACUGGAGCCCUGCUGCAAGUUUUUACUCAUAUGCUUUAGCAAACAUGCCUCAACUCGGCAGAGUUAUUGCUUCUUUCAUCGACCUUCUGGACUCAAGGUUUGGAUACAGUCCUGACAAUAUUCGUAUUGCGGGACUUGGCCUUGGAGCACACGCGGCUGGUAUUGCGGCGAGAAAUAUUAAUGGAAACAUACCUCAUAUCGUCGCUCUUGAUCCAUCUCUGGUUGGUUGGACUCAUCACCCAGAAAUUUUAAGCAAAGAUGACGCCAGCGUUGUAGAAGUAAUCCACACUUCAGCUGGAGCUGAAGGUUAUGACAAACCUCUGGGAGACCUGGACUUCUACCCUAAUGGCGGUACUUUCAUGGCCGGUUGUGGAACUAAUUCAACUUGUUCCCACAUCUACUCAUAUGUGUACUACGCAGAAUCACUUACCACUGAGCUGGAAAAUGGCAAAAAAUUCGUAGGCACUGCCUGCGAUUCCUAUGAGAAUGCUAUCAAUUUAGCAUGUCAGGGCGAACGAGGCGUUAUCUUUGGUGGAUCUGCAGUGAAACGAACAGAAAGCGGAAUCUACAGUUUUCUAACUAAUAUUCGAUCACCAUUCGCGAGAGAUUAAACAUCGAUUUUGUAGAAAGAACCUUAUGUAUUAAAAGUAAUUAUAUAAGAUG